AUGCCGAGUCCCGUCUUGGUGAACUUCCAUGGCAGCGGGUUCAUAGUACCAUUGCAUGGCAGCGACGACGAAUUUGCUCGUCUAGUCGUUCAAUAUACCGAUAACGCCGUUUUGGACGUCGUAUACCGCCUUUACUCACAAAACCCAUUUCCUGCUGCCCUUCAUGAGGCCGAAGACGCGGCGAAAUGGGUGAUCUCGAAUCCCCAAGACUUUGACCCGUCUUACAUCUCUGUUUCAAGCUUCAGUGCAGGUGCCAACUUGGCACUCGUUGCUAGCAGUCAACUGUCUACAAAAGAAACUUUUUGUCACCUCAUAUGCUUCUAUCACUCCACCGACUCAACAACAGAUUAUCAUAGCAAGGCUCUACCGGAUCCGAGCCGAAGUCCCCUUCCUCCGUGGAUGAUGGGUCUUUUUACAGAGUGCUAUGCAUCUGGUCUAGACUUGAAAGACCCUAGAAUAUUGCCUGUUCAUUCCACUGCGGAAAAAAUCCAGCAUAACAAUCUGGUCAUAAGUUGUGCCCGCGAUAAUUUGUGUUUGAAGGAGAGGCAAUAG